ACGACCAUAACUGACAUUCAAAACAUUUUGAAUUCGGACAAUAAAAAAAUUGUGUAUGAAGUUUCGCUUGGCUAAAUACAAAUAUCGGCAGUGUGUUUACCUGAUACCGCGUCAUAUUUUCGCACAAUGUGUCGUAUUUAAAAAUUAAACAUCUGUUUUAAAACUGUUUAAUUUUCAAUGGGAAUUUAAUGAAAACGUUAUAUUGAUUAGGAAACGAUAGUUAGAGUAUGAAAUGGCGGGAGCAGCGAGGUUACAUUUUGGUAUUGAUCUUGUUGAUCAAGCGAUGUACCAUGUCGCAUUUAUCAAGGCUGUAAACAACAAUGCAGAACUCCGCAAGGCCGAAGUUUUGAAACGAGCUGCCUAUAGAUAUGAGAAAUUCUGGUUACCCCUGGCAGUGGAACAUCCACGAGAAUAUCUGUCUGCGCCCAUGGAUAUUGAGUGGGUGUGGCAUUGUCACAUGCUGUCCCCAAAGGCCUAUGAAACGGAUUGCCAGAACGUUGUUCGAAGCACUGUCAAUCAUACAAUAUUGAGACCAGAGGAAUUUCAAAGGACGAGAAAUAAAGCCCAUGCGUACUGGACUGAGAAAUAUACUGAACCAUUUUACAUCGACUAUAGUGAUACUUACGACAAGGAACUUGUUUCAAAAUUCACUUCAAAAAUCUCCUACGACAUCAUAGCUGCUGCCGAGCGACAAAGAAUCUUUUACUACCAGGUGUCUUUGCCUCACUACCAAGAUAGAAGAUUUCUUGAAAGAGCAUUAGAAAGGUACAAGAAAUUUCUGUUACUGAAAAGACAAUAUGCAGAGGAGUUUCUAGUACCUUGUUAUGAUAUUGACCUUAUUUGGCACACACAUCAGCUCAAUCCUCUAAUCUAUAAAUAUGAUACAACGCGAAUUGUUGGGCAUUUGUUCAACCAUGACGAUUCUGUAAAUGAGAGGCAUGAAGGUUCAAAGCUAAACAACGCCGACAAACGAACACGUGAACUUUGGAAACAAGUUUACAACGAAUCAUUUUCAAAAUUUGGAGCCAUGUUCCGAGGAAAUCCACCAUCUGGCAAUUUGUAUGCUAUUACUCAGAAGGAUGAAUUUGCAUUUUGUACAAAAUACUGCAUAGUGUCGUUAGAUCAGUUGACAUUGCACAUGCCUUCACCGGAUCUCAACCGGAGCAAACAUGUUGAUUUGAAAGCAAGUAGUGCAAAGAUAUCCCGGACAGAAUUCACGAAGUGGUUCAAAUUAAAACGCCCGGCUAACAGUCGACCAGGGAAUCCGACAAUAUUAUGGACAAAGGUUGGGAGUUUUAAUUUUGAUACCAGCACUGAACAUGGUAUUUUGUUUUCAAUACAACAAAAGUCAGGCAUGUUCGGCUCUAAAUCUGAACUGGACUCCAAUUUUCUAGACCUCAUACCAUUGAUAGAGUCGCCAGCAAACGCCAAUAAGCCUGGCGGUAUAUUAAAAAGCAAGUUGACUUUUAAAGCUAAUACAACGUUGGAAAUUCAAGGUCACUAUCAGCAACCAAAAAUCGGAGUCGUUUUUCUUUUUCUCAUAGAAGGAUCGUAUAAAGAUGAAAUCAUACCGGAUACCGUACAACAGCUUUUAGGACCUGUAGCUAUUGAGAGGCUACCUCCUGGAUCAGAUAAUAGCUGUAAAGUAGCAACACAUAAACUCAGGAAUCAUCUGAGCCAGGAUGCGUUCAUGGUACGGACAAUACACAGUGUUUCCUUAAUGACGUCAGUUAUACACGUAUCAUAUCAACACAAACUGUGUUCUGUUGCGCACUUGAUUGCAGCAGAUCAAUUGCCGUUACCGACCCAGGUGAAUCACGAUAUUGUCACAAUUAACCCGAAACUUGGUGAAAGGGCUGUGCUUAUCAAGAACAACAAUGGUGACUGGGGUAUUGUUUGCGGCAAGUGGACAGGACUUAGAAAAGGCGUUCCACCCACAAGAGAUCGGAGGGGGAUACCUGGUUGUCCCGGUACACUAAGAAUCAAGCUGUACAAAAUGGCCACCGGACAACUAAUCCAAACUGAGCUCCCAUACCUGCAAAAACAGUACAAGUUCAGCAUAGACUCUGCACGAGUAGACUUAAAGACGGGCAUACUUCAUAUAGACCCUCAGACGAACGAGGUGGCGGAGAACAUUGCGUUGGCAUUCUCCAUAUCUUUGCUGCAUGUGCUAUGUGUACCACGUCCGAAAGGUUGGAAAGAAGGAGAACCAGUUGCCAGGGAAACAAACAGAGGAACAAGACGAGUGCAACCUGUCCCAUCAGAUUCAUUAGCUUGUGUCAAGGCUGCUGGGUUGAUCACCAAAACGCCGUCAAAUCAUUAUAUUGCAAGUCAGUAUGGAUCUCGUUUUUGUGCAAUGUGUUUUGGUGGUAGAGAAGACCAUGUUGAUAUUGAUGAUGAGUGGGACAACCUUGCAGGUGAUGAUGACGGUGACAUUGGAGGAUUUGACUAUAGCACUGACGGCGAGGAUGCAGGGUGUGGUGGCUGCGGUGGAUGUGGAAGUGGGACUGUCGGUGGUGGCUGGGACGGUGGAGAUGUUGAUGGUGGAGACGGAGGAUGAGACGGCGGUGGUGAUGGUGCUGGGUGUGCAAGCUGUGGAGGAAGAGACUGACGAUUUUUUGUGUAAUAAUAUUUUCACAGACAGCUCUUUCUAGUUUGUUAAAAAGUGAAUCUAAAUUUUAAAACAACAAUACAGGGCCAACUAUAUCAUGUGUGUAGAACAGAUACAGAAGUAAAACGCUCAAAAUUUGAAAAUAAAUGUUAUAAAAUGUA